AUGGAAGAAUGGAAGAAGAGGCAGAAGGAGAGCAAAGAAACAGAAGAAAUAAAGGAAGAGGUUACCUGCCCUAGAGGAGGAGGAAGUCACUCAAAGGAGGUCGGCAAAUCCGGCGUCUGGCCUGACUGGGGGGCGUCGGGUUCCUUACAAUCUAGAAGGUUUCUUUUAGUUAAAAUAUAUUUAAGGAUCAUAAUUAGAGUUUUUCAAAAUAUUUUUCAAGAAAAUAAAGAAUUGUGUUGGCCAUUCUUUAUCCAAUGUUGGUCUUUUUUAUUUUGUUUCUUAUGCUUCUCUUACGAUAUCAAAAGUUUUUUCUUGCAGACAGAAACUAUUAACUUGGCAAGUAAGAAGGAUAGUACAGAAAAAGUUUUAAAAAUCUUUUCAAGAGGCCUUGACGCUUCCAAAUCUAUAAUAGAUUCAGAUGGGCUUCCUUUUGUAGGACAAACGAUUCAUCCAAAUGAGCCGAAGUAUUGUACUUAUAAUGCACUUUCUAGUUCAUCUUCAACGUUCAAACUAAAGGGAUCUGAAUCCGUGACAGUUGAUUAUGUUGCUAUUGACGGUACUUCUUCAAAGAAAUACAUUCAAAAGGUAAAUAUCCGUAGCCGGCGUGUUAGGAAUCCAAUGAUUGGUGACAAGUUUAGCAGCAGGCAUGGACAGAAAGGUGUCUGUUCACAAUUAUGGCCGGAUAUUGAUAUGCCAUUUUCUUCAGUCACAGGAAUGCGACCAGAUCUCAUCAUUAAUCCUCAUGCAUUCCCUUCUCGAAUGACUAUUGGAAUGCUUCUAGAGUCUAUUGCAGCAAAGGGUGGGAGUUUACAUGGUCAGUUUGUUGAUGCAACUCCUUUUUCUAGUUCAACUCGGGAAAAAGGUUCAGAGAAAUCAUCAGAAAAAAGAUCUAUGAUUGAUGAAAUAGGUCCCAUGUUAACCUCCCGCGGAUUUAAUUAUCAUGGAGUAGAGGUUCUCUACAGUGGCGUUCUUGGUACGGAAAUGAAGUGUGAAAUUUUUAUGGGGCCUGUUUAUUACCAAAGGCUUCGACAUAUGGUAUCUGAUAAGUUUCAGGUGCGAUCAACAGGUACUGUGGAUCAGAUUACCAGACAACCAAUUGGUGGAAGGAAGCGAGGAGGUGGCAUUCGUUUUGGAGAGAUGGAGCGUGAUUCCAUUCUUGCUCAUGGAGCUGCUUAUCUUUUGCACGACCGUCUCCAUUCAUCCUCUGAUUAUCACAUUGCAGAUGUCUGCUCCAAUUGUGGGAGCCUGCUCACUGCAACUGUGGUUGAGCCGCGAAAGAGGAUGACAAAGGAUAUCAAAAGAAACCUUCCUCCACCACCAAGAUUGGCAAAUAAUAUAAUAUGCCGUUCCUGUAAAUCAAGCAAGGGAAUGGAGACUGUUGCAAUGCCUUAUGUUUUCAGAUACUUGGCUGCUGAAUUGGCUGCAAUGAAUGUAAAGUUGGAUUUGCAUUUGAGUAACAAGAUCGAAACCUAAAUCUUUCUAUUUUAGCUUGCCAAGAUCAAAUCCUCAUUCAUCAGCUGCAGUACUAGAAAUCUCCCCAAGAGCAAAGAGGUCAACAUUCAAAAUCCUCCUGAAAUUAAGAAGGUAUAAAUUAUUUUUUCUUGUUAAAUUAACUGUUCUAUCUUUAAAUUAUUAUUUGUUGUGCUUUUUCUAUCGGCUUCAGCUUUUGAAUUCAAAAUACAUUAUGUAUUUUAUUUUGAAAUUGAGUGGACUGUUAAUAUUUUUUUUA